GUUGGUCGCUACGGGAUCGAGGGCUGGUGUGUUGCUAUUGAGUCGACUGUGUGUCGGUUUGACGGAAAUCAUUAGCGUUGUGUCGCGUUUAGUCUCCACGUUACUUAUAUUUUGUAGAUGUACAAAUGAGGAAACUAACUAUCUGAACCAAGGCAUCAGUCGCACGUGUGUUACCCGUGCGGAAGGCUUAUUUUGGCAAGAGCCCAAUAUUGUCAACACUUUUGAGAUUUACAAGGAUUUGCCAUCUUCGGUUUCUUUCGGAUACAAAAAUUGCGGCCCUUAGCUCAAUGAGACAAAUACUGUCGAACAGCUUUCGAUUUUCAGAGCCGGAUGACAUAGCUCGUGCGCAAGUUGUUGAACAUUUGCAACUGUCUUUGGGGAACCAGUCUCAUCGCCAGGGCAACGAGACAUGGGCAUGUGCGUGGGCACCGGAUUACUCGUACUUCGCCUGGUCGUGCGGCAACCGGAUAGUUCAACUCCUGCCCUGGAAUAGGUCCAGGAACUGCAUCAAGGAUGACAAGGAGUGCCACGAGUUGCGGCAAACUCUCACGAUCGACUGUGGAGAAAUUGUGUGGUCAGUUGCGUUUGGGUCCGGGACGUCCAAUGUCAAUGCUCAUGUGUGGACAAGACUUAAACUUGACCACAACCUGAUCCUUGCCACCGGUCUGCAGAGUGGCCGGAUCAAGCUCUGGAACUGUGGCACUGGGCACCUGCUGCUGGAGUUGCUUGACCACAAGGAUGUUGUCCGAGACAUGGACUUCGCCCCCGAUGGCAGCCUCCACCUGGUGUCGGCGUCGCGUGAUGGCACGCUCAAGCUGUGGGAUCUCAACAUGGACGGCAACAUGUACCGCACACUCCGCCCGCAGUGCAAGUGGGUGUAUAGCUGCAGCUGGUCGCCCAAUAAGAAAUUCAUAGCAAGCAGCGGGAACUACAAAUGUGUGGUGCUGUGGGACGUUGAGGACCCCUAUGACAUCAAGGUGCUGCGGAAGCUGGAAGGACACUAUCAUGAUGUCGUGAGCUGUGAGUUCUCCCCCGACAGCGCCCUCCUGGCCACAGCCUCCUACGACACCCGGGUCAUUGUCUGGGACCCCUACACAGGGGACUCACUGCGGGAGUUUGGACAUCUCUUUCCCCCUCCAAGGCCAAUCUAUGCCGGCGGCGCCAAUGACCACUACGUCCGGAGCGUCUCCCUAGCUGGAGACGGAGCUCACAUCGCCUCCGUCUCAGAUGAUGGGUACGUCCGGUUCUGGGAUCUUCACAGCCUCGGAGAUCCCGGCAUGAUCAGCGAGAACUCCAACGCCCUCUGCUGUGCGUACAGCCCCGGCGGAGCAGUGCUGGCAGUGGGGACGCGAAAUGGUGAAGUUACAUUCUACAGAAGUGAGCGGGAUGUAACGAGUUUACUGCAUCUCGCGCGAAUGACAAUCAGAAAACGUCUGCCCACACCAAAGAUAGAUCAUCUUUCCAUCCCGAUUAAGUUGAAGGAGUUUCUCAAAUAUCACGAUGUGUAGAACUCGGCAUUGUGGGAAGACUAGUAUUCUGUGAGGAACCGUCAUGGUGCAAGUCAUGUCACAAUAUCGUGGAGAUAUUUAAAUUAUGGAUUCAUGUUUCAUUCGGAAUAAGGAAUAUCUCAUCCACAUUCAUUUCCGUGAUGACGGUGCUCCUGCUCCUCAAUGACCAACCAUUGGAUGUUCGGGGGAGUCGCUGUUUAGAGAGUAUUUGUUUUCUAAACAGAAAAUUCUUGUUCAUGUUUCAGGAAGUACAAAUAUUGUAUUGACAGCGGUCAUGUGACCAAAAAUUCAUUUCAUUUGGUAUUAUGUCAUGGAUCCACGAAUGGAACACGAUAUUAGGGGUGUAAUGAUACAUAGGUAACGAUACGAUACGUCGUGAUGCACAUAUUCAAGUCAAAUUGUGUGGAAACUUCUUGACUAUAAAUCAAUUUCUAAAGGAAAAGCUAGCUGUAGACACAUGGUCGUAGCUGCUAUUUUUAGGAAUGAAUUUGGAACGCUAAUUACAAUACAUUUCGUGAUAUUUGACUGACAAUAUUGUUGGGGUCAUUAAACGAGUAGGAAGUAAUAUAUUUUAGCAAGUGUAUCGUCUUGUAUCGAUACAGAAGAAAACGUAUUGUGUAUCGUAUCGUCACAUGAAAACUUACGAUGGACCAGUGCACCCAUUUUUAUUUCACGCCUACAGUAUAUGUGUUUCAUUAAUUGUAUUGGAAGAAGCCAGGAUACACAUGGUUGAUCCUAGUGUAGGGUCUGCAAUUGCUCACAAUGAUUAUUUUGUAUGCACUCUGUUGGGCUUGGAUGUGUGAUGAGUCCUUGGAGGUCUACAGCCACCUACACACAACUUGCUCCCACUAGUACCCUUCUACCCUUGCAGAAUCCUAUUGAAAACAUCGCUUAUUUCUUUAAUGGUUUAAAUAAUUUGCUAUACAAUGCAAUAAUAUGAAAAAUAACAACAUUUCUUUAGCUCCAUAAUUUAUUAUUUAUUUGGCCUAAGUUGUUUUGGUGUUCGAUUUGAGGAGGGGGCGGGGGGGGGGGGGGAUAAAUUCUGAUAUUGUUUCUUGUGCAAUGUUUUGUAUAUUUACCUAAUAUAUAGAUGUCUGCACUUUACUGAGAUGACUUUGGGCUUCAUGUAAAAGGAUUGCAAUGGCCAGAGAUUACGUACAGUACUAUAAUCAAUUAUUAUUUAUAAAAGUAAUAAUUGCAUAAAAUUAUUUCUAAGCAAUCAAUUUUUGGCAUCUGUUGCUUGAAUCCAGAAGUUUUAAUAUAUAAAGUGUCUUACCUAAUAUUAGUUCUAAAUACAGUUCUCAAGUGAUGCAGGCAUUGGCUUGGCCCGGUUCAUCUUCCUGAGGCAAGAGCGUCCACUAGCGAUUGCCUAUGCUUUUGUGGAUGAAAUCGCGAAUGUUUUCGGUAUCUGAUCGACUAAGCGACUAAGUUGUCGCCUAUGGUAGUUGCCAUCUUUGUGAAGCUAUAUGAGAUAAGAACAGCGAUCUGAUUGGAUACCACGUUUUAAUUACAAGGGGCACAAUUCUUGAUCUACGCAAGGUGGCGCUAGGGUCAAGCCAAGAAAAGUGGCCUUGAUGGGGCAAGGGUAGAAACUAGGCUUUGAUGUAGGCUAGUGGACAUGCUUGCCUCGGGAAGAUGGGCCUGGUUUUGAUACUCUUAUCCUGAUGAUUUAAUGUAAGUGUAUUCGACGUCAAGGCAGUCAUCGCAUGUUUGUAAACAUAACGGUCCGUCGGUUGCGAGUUCAACUCCAAGGAUGGUCAUGGUCACCUGUCACAGUGGGGAGUUUUGACUGGUGGCAGCGAUAGUAUAAAGAGCUCCGCAAACGGGAUAUCACUGUGAGGAACUUGUUAAUUCUAAUGUUGGUAUGAAGAGGUUUGAUUGGCUGACUAUUGUCAGACCAUAUAAGGGCUCUGUUAUUUUGUUAAAAGCAAUGGAAAGGCAUCCUUACUCUUUCUCAAGGGUAGAUGUGGAUCAAGCAAAGAAAAUGUGCCGUGAUUGUUGAGGAUGGGCCUGUACAACGGAUUCUGUAAAUAUGUUUCACACAGCAAAGCCAAGCACUAGAUGACCACUUCAUAAUAUUUCAGUCAAUUUCUUGCAUUGGUCUAUAUGCUUAUUAAAUAUAAGGUCACUUUCUGUUUAAAAUGCUCAAGUAUAUUUUUAUGAAUAUAAAUUGAUGUUUGCAAUAAGCCAAAGAUUUAUCCGGUUACCAUGGUAACUUGCACACUAAGAUUUAAGCUUCAUCCCACGGGCACCGACCCACCUUCAUUCAUGUCUUACACAUUCAUGUUGCAAUUUGGUAAACAAUAUGAAUGAUAUCUUCCCAUUUUGUAUGUGUAUUAUCUUGUUUAUGCCUUGUACAUUUUGUAAAAACUCAGACACUGAUUUGAAAAAUAUUUUUUUAGGUAACGCCAGAAUGGGGAUAAAUUUAAUUCCCUUUUUUUUGUUUUUUGGAAAAAGGCCACCUUUGGUUAUUUCUUUCAAUAGUAAAUUCAAUUCCAUUGGCUAUUUUUUAAAGUUUAUAUUAGAGAGACAUUUUUUUUAAUGCUUCAUGUUGUGUUCAAUUUUUUUUUUUUUUAAAUUUUGAUGUUUGCCGGUAAUAUCCAACCUAAUCCAAAGGUAUUAUUAUCAUGAUGAUGGUUAUCAUUUCUCCACUGACUUGGUCCUUGGUUAUUGAGACCGUGGACAAUGGUGCCAGCAGUCUGUGUCAGUCAUAUCACGUGUUGCCUUGUACGUGGGAGAGGGUGAAGUGUUCCUGUACUAGCCAAUCAUUGCUGGGAAAUGGCAGUUAUGAAUAUUUUGAAGUUAUUUUACUCCUAUAAUGAGUAUUAUCAUGAUGAUCAUGUGUGUCCAGUAUUUAUAUUCAAAGGCAGGAAUAAAUUAUCAUGUACAUUUAUUUACUAGGUGAUAUUGGUAAUAACUGUGCUGAUAUUGACCGUACAGCUCCACUGAUUAAUCAGCUGGCCAGCGUGUACACCGAAACUACUGGCCAAGAGAGACUUGGGGGUUGGAUACAAACUUCAUAUUGAGAUAAACGAAGAAAGUUCAUCACUAUCAUUUUACUGUCAAAAUUCAGUACAUGUCUAGUGGUGUGUGAUAAUAAGCAGACAUUUCCUGGUUACUUGUGUAAAGAAUAUAAACUAUUGCUUUACUGGUAAAGACUUCCUUCAGUGGUAAGUCAAGUUGGUCCAUCUUCAGCUCAAUUAGACACCAUUACACGAGGGUGGUUCUGGGUGACAAGCUUCCCAAAAAUAAAGAUCUGAUAAAAUAAUGAGAACAAAAUGACAGUUUUGGCUUUGAGUAUAAAGUACAACUAGUUGAAAGAAACCAAUGUUUUUUAAACUUGUACCUAACUAUAAUGCUGAAAUAUGAUCCAAGAAAACAGUUACAUGAACUAUUUUUACAAUUUUGUUUCAUCUUGAUAUUUCUCUAAUUUAUUUAAUUAAACUUAAGCUGCUUAACAAAAUAUAUGAAAUAACUUUGCCUUGAAAUGUAUGCAUUGCCUGUACAAAUGCUCAUGCUACAAAGUGGUUCAUACAGUUGCACUUGUAUGUUUGUAUCAUCAGGCUGUAGUUUGUCAUGUAGUAAUGUGUGGGGAGACUGGGGCAGAGAUUAAAUUAUGGAGACAUUUAGACGGGGGGAACAAGGGACAUGUCGAUCUUAUAAACAUAGGAGACAGACUUUCUUUGGUGCAGAUUUGGAAUAGAUUUGAUACCUUUAUUUGGAAUAUGUUAUCUUAGAUUUGAAACCUUUAUUGUGGAAAUGUUAUCUUAGAUUUGAAACCUUUAUUUGGAAUAUGUUAUCUUAGAUUUGAUACCUUUAUUUGGAAUAUGUUAUCUUAGAUUUGAAACCUUUAUUUGGAAUGGAACACAUUAGCAAUUAUACCAUUUAUUGUCAACCUAAGAAUGUAUAAUAUUUGAAAAAGCUAGUUGUCUCAUUUCUUCAAGAACACUCGUCAAAUUGCAUUUAUUAAUAAGGUAAGCAGAGUUUCCCUGAUUUUUCUCCUUUCAUGCAAAUUUGCCUUAAUCCAAACUCUAGGGUAUGGAGGUUGUAUGGGAAAUGUAGUGAUAUUUUCAACAGGCAGUUUACAUUUUCAGGAUAUUACUACACUAUGGAAAGUAAUUCCUCCAUCCUCCCCACGACAGGGGGAUAAAUGUACUUAUACCAAAACGUUCUGGAUCUGUUUGAAUAAUUAAAUCAUUUUGUCUAUGAAUCAUUAUUGUUUCAACAUUCAGUAAGUCAUGUGUCACUCCCAAUAUGGUGGUUCUGCAUGGCCUCCGUGAAAUGGACUCCAUGUUAAUCCUUCAUUCAAAAUCAUUAUCUAUGACCUGCCUGCAAUACAUGGAGACUGUGCAUGACUCUGGACUGAUAGAUGUGCUAUAUGUAGGUGAAGAGCUUAUCAGAUGUUUUGACUCUGUUUUUCUGGGUCAUUGGACCUCUAGAACAAUAAACAACCCCUCAAAUUGGUUCAAGUACGCUUUCCUACUAUCAAGGAGGGAAUAUGGGUUGACGUUAUCUAUUCUACUUCCAGGGUGCAUUGUGUAAUUUUAUAGCCCAGAACAGGUAUAUUUAAUAGUAGAUUCACAAAUACUGUACUACUUUGAUAACAAUGCUACUGAAAUACACAGGGUGGCCUCGUGGCUAAAGUGUUUGCCUCUCAUGACCGACACAUGGUUUGAAUCCUGCAUAGUACAAUACCUGCUGUCACCAUUGUAAACUGAAACUGUUCAAAUGAUAAUGGGAUUAAACAUGGUGUCUAUUUCUCAGUUCUGAAGCUAAGUUGGAACUUAUGUUUAUUAGAUCGGCAAGAGUUGUGUUUCUGUGCUCACAGAUUAAUCAAGAAAUUAAUGGAAAUAACAAACAACCCACACGCCUACAGAGAAACUCACAAAUCUUAAAUGUUGUAUCUGAUUGAUGGAUUAUGAAAACAGUUCAGGCACCCUGCUUAAGCGGCCUUUGUUAACUUCAAAGUAAAAAAUAAUAGUCGAAGCAUAUUGUGAAAGUAUUUGUAUACUUAUUUAUAUGGUUUUGAAAUAAGAACAAAGCUUGUUCAUUUAGGUAUUUCCCUCAGUGUUCAAAGUAGAGAUUAUCUGUAUAAGCCAUGUGAGUUUUGUAUUGCAUUUAUAAGAUAUUAGGAAUACAAAUUGUUCGGUACAGGCCUAUGGUGAGAGUAAAACACAUUUAUUUCC